AUUCAUAGAUAAAAAUAAAUGACUAAUAGAAUCAUUGUUUUCAUAAACAAUCAUGACUGGAUUUCAUAUUGUGAAAGAAACGCAAAAACAUUUGUUCUCUACACUCUUAAGUAAGUCUCUUUCAAUGUAUCCCACUAAACAAUCCUUAGUAAAUUGGUUACUAAUUCGACUUCGAAACUUGUUCUUAAUAUAACUCAAAGCUGAAACGCUCUUUCUACACUUGCAGUUGCAAUUGGUAGAAUCAAAACUAAUGGAAUUGUCGCUGUCACUGAAAAAUUUCAGGGUUGUUGGGGAAAAGAAGCAAAAAGAUCUGAUUAGGUCUUUAUUGCAAUAGGAAUUUCGUUUAUAGUAUAAUAAUUAAUUUUAUGACAAUCUAUAAACAAAUAAUUGAGUUGUGUUGUAGUGAUAAAAUACUCUCAUACCAUGUUGUGUACUUGUGUACCAUCAUCAAUAUAAGUGUAUAUAAAGUAUUUUUUUCCUUCGAAAUUUAUCCAUAUAUGUCCCGUGACAAGGCUCAAUAGCCCUGCCUCCGCCUAAGAUAGAAUAAUAGUUCAAUGGUUCGCAAAGUUCUUGAGAUAUUGAAAAGAUCGAGAGAAAAUAUUGAGAUAGUGAAUUAUGUUAAUUUCUCCCUUUUGAUAUUGACUAACUAGCUUCGCCCAAUAACACCUAAACGAAAUCUAGGUGUGGUCGAACUGUGGCAAUGUUUGAAAUUUCUAAGUUGCUCCAAAACUCUUAGGUGAGGCAUUUUGACUUUGCCAACUCUUAAAUAUGUUUAAGUAUAAGGUUAAGUGGAACCAUUCUUAUAAUAAAUCAUUAUCAUCGUAUCAAAAGUCUUCAACAAUGAAGACAGAAAUUUGUGCAUUCAUACCAUUUCUUCCACACCAACCAUUAUGCUAAUUAUUUAGUUUAGGUUCAAAAAUCUAAAGUUGGUAACAAGUUCAAAAUUGUUCUAUCAAACGAUCCAUCAUCUUUGCUAUAAAAAAAAAAAAAACGGUCGAUCAUGAUCCACCAUUGACUUGGCUUUGUGUUGCAUUACAACUCCUCUCAACCCCAUUCCAUUUCUAAAAUAGUAAAAUUCUAAUGGCUGCAACCAAAGGAAGUAGCUCAUCACCAACAGGCAAACCCCUUCUUCUUCCCAAUCUCAUCAUCCCCACCAUUCUUCAGCUACUGUUUUCUAGUUCUCUAGCUGCAACCGAAAACAGUACUCUGACCCAAGGCGAGCCAGCUCUGAAUUCCUCAUCCGCCCUCGUCUCCCCAAACGGCCUCUUCACUUUGGAAUUCCGGCGACUCGGCUACCCAGACUCCAACGGCAGCUACCUCGGGAUCCGGAACAGCAACUCGACCGACUUUUGCUGGGUGGCCAACCGCGACUCCCCAAUCUCGGACGACUCGGGACAGCUCGCCCUGGACCAAAAUGGAACCCUUAAGCUCACAUACUCCGGUGGCCUUUCCGUCGAGCUUUACACCUCCAACAGCCGCAGCCGGCGGCCGCAGAGAUUGGUCGCGGUGCUCGAAGACACGGGCAAUUUCGCUCUGAGGGACGAUGAUUCCGGGGAAUUGUUGUGGCAGAGUUUCGAUCACCCCGCCGAUUCGUGGCUACAGGGGAUGAAAUUGGGGAUGGUCAACGGAGGUCGAAACCAAAUAGUGACGUCAUGGCUGACCCGUUUGACCCCGGCGAGCGGCGCUUUCACGCUGGAGUGGGAUCCCGCCGGGGAGCAGCUGGUGGUGAAACGGCGAGGCACUGCGUUCUGGGCAAGCGGCAAGUCGUCGUCUUCAUCUCCCAAUUACUCAUUCCGCGGUACCUUGGUUCAGAACUAUUUCAACGCAUCUCGCGUCUCCAAUGCCGCAGAGGAUUACUUGAUCCUGGAAGCUCCAAGGAUUUUUCGACUCACCCACCUAGGGGAUUUCGAGGACCAAUCCUUCGGGAGUUUCACAAUCGGGUCACCCUGCAAUGGCGAAACCAGGAACGCUUACGGGUGCCUGAACUGGGAGGGACCUGAAUGCCGGAAUAGGAAUGGCGGAUACAGAUUCAUGGAGCUGGAAGGUGGGUUCAGGAACGGGUCCUGGAAGGAGGUCAAGAAUGGCAGCCUUAGUUUCAGCGAUUGCCGGGAAAUGUGCUGGAAUGACUGUGAAUGUGGUGGGCUUCGCGUCGACCUCUUUGAUGGUUUUGGGAUCAAUGGGAAUGACACUGGAUGUCAGAUGUUCUAUGGGUCUGGGGGAUUUGCAGAAUUUGAAACCAUUCAAUUUCUGGACAGUUAUCAUGUCAUUGUUGAUGAAGCUUAUGGAAAACCAGUCACACGUCCUUCAAACGUUGCAGUUCGGAUUGGGGCUUCGUUUGCUGCUGUGGGGGCUCUUGGUGUGGCCGUAAUUUGCAUUUUCUUGUACCGUAGGAGGCGCAAACUCAGAGAAAGACUUCUAGCAGAGUUGAUGGCCCCUGAUGAUGCAGCAAAUGAUGGAGAAAAGAUAGGGGAUGAUGGCGAUCCAGGCCACAAUUUGAAAAUUUAUAGCAUAACAUCAAUCAUAGCGGCUACUGAUAACUUCUCCCUGCAAAAUAAGCUUGGACAAGGAGGGUUUGGACCUGUGUAUAAGGGAAAGUUGCAGGAAGGUCGAGAAGUAGCUGUGAAAAAAUUAUCAAAAAGGUCAGGCCAAGGUUUGGUUGAGUUUAGAAACGAGCUUAUACUCAUAGCAAAGUUACAACACACAAACCUGGUGAGGAUUUUGGGUUGCUGCAUCCAUGGAGAAGAGAAGAUGUUGGUGUAUGAAUAUAUGCCCAACAAGAGCUUAGAUUCUUUUAUCUUCUCAGAUGAAUCGAAAAGGGUACUACUAGAUUGGAAUAAACGGUUCGACAUCAUUGAAGGAAUAGCUCAAGGUUUGUUGUACCUUCACAAGUACUCGAGAGUGACAAUCAUACACAGAGAUCUGAAAAUUAGUAACAUAUUACUGGAUGAAAAUCUGAACCCGAAGAUCUCGGAUUUUGGACUGGCGCGUAUUUUCAAUACCGAUGCAUCAGAAGCUAAUACAAACAGACCCGUUGGAACAUAUGGCUAUAUGUCUCCGGAGUAUGCCAUGGACGGCAAUUUCUCCACUAAAUCUGAUGUGUUCAGCUUCGGAGUUAUGCUUCUGGAAAUUGUGAGCGGAAGGAAGAACUACAGUCUCAUCCAAGUGGAUCCCCCUAUCAACCUUGUGGGCUAUGCAUGGAAGCUGUGGAAAGAAGGCACCCCAAUAGAGUUGAUGGAUCCAACUCUGAAGGGUUCAUGUAUUAGUGAAGACCAAGUACUUAGAUGCAUCAAUGUAGGACUACUUUGCAUAGAAUACAAUGCAUACGAUAGACCAGCAAUGCCAGAGGUAAUAUCAAUGAUAAUCGGUGAAGUCCCGCAACUGCCCAUGCCAAAACAACCGGCAGUCACGAUGAUGAGACCCAGAAGCACCAAGGAAAGCUCGAGCACCGGAGAAUCGGAAACCUGCUCAAACAAUAAAGUCACCAUAACAAAUAUCAGUGGUAGAUGACAAAGAUGGUGCAAGUUAGUCAGCUUUUAGUGUGUGAACUGUUGACUUGGCUAUUCUGUAGACCCAAUCAUUCAUCAUGAGCCAUAUUUAUGGUUCAAAGAAAGAAGACCGAAAGCU